GGCGCGGUGGAUGCUGGGUAAAAAGUCACUCGAUCCAGGAAGAGAAGAAGCCGCCGGAGCUGAGACGGUGUUCACACGCUCGUUGCAUAAAAGGAGCCCGUUAAACUCCAAAAAUCAUUCCGUGUUCGAGUUUGUAGUCUAACAGGUAUGGCAGAGUUGGAGAGUCUGGUGCAGCGGCUGGAAGCAGUGGUGGGUCGUUUAGAAACCCUGCCAGCCCUCGGUGGCAGCACUGGAGAAGCUGUGUCCGAGUAUGUGGAGGCCUUUGAUGGGAUCAUCAGUGGUCCGGUGACUCAAUACUGCUCACUCAGCCAGAAGAUUGGCGGUGAUGUUCAAAAACAUGCGGACCUGAUGAAGGAGGCUUUUUCCCGUGAGAGACAAAUCCUCGUCACAGCUUCCACUAGCCAAAAACCAACUGAUGAUGUUUUGCAACGUCUUAUCAAGCCAAUAGGGAAAUCCAUCACACAGAUGCAGGAGUUUCGUGAGAAAAAUCGUUCCUCAGAGUUCUUCAACCACCUGUCUGCUGUCAGCGAGAGUGUGCCCGCCCUUGGUUGGGUUGCCGUGUCUCCUAAGCCAGUCCCCUACGUUAAAGAAUUUCAGGAUGCCAGCAUGUUCUACACCAACCGUGUCCUCAAGGAUUACAAGGAAAAAGAUAAGACUCAUGUGGAUUGGGUGAAGGCCUUUAACAGCAUCUGGACUGAAAUGCAGAACUACAUUAAAGACUACCACACUGUUGGGCUGGUCUGGAACAAGAGCGGUUGUGUGGCCUCUGCAGCUCCUGCUGUUGGCUGUGUACCGCCACCCCCCUGUGCACCACCUCCCCCCGGUCCACCACCUCCCCCCAUGGCAGUCUGUGAAAGUGGUGCUAGUGAUUCUGGUCCUGAUCGGAAUGCUUUGUUUGCGUCCAUCAACCAAGGGGCAGCUAUCACCAAAGGUUUGAAGCAUGUGAGUGAUGACCAGAAGACCCAUAAGAAUCCUGCCCUGAAGGCUCAGGGUGGUCCUACUAUGCGCAGUGGACCAAAACCCUUCUCUGCCUCCCCAAAACCUGCUGCACCAGCUCCUGCCUGCACGCUGCCUCCUGUUCUGGAGUUGGAGGGAAAGAAGUGGAAAGUGGAGAAUUAUGAAGGAUCACAUGACCUGGUGAUCAGGAACACGGAGCUGAAGCAGGUCGUUUAUGCUUACAAGUGUAACAAGAGCACACUGCGGAUCAAAGGCAAAGUCAACUCAAUUACAUUAGACAACUGUAAGAAGUUGGGUCUGGUGUUCGAUGAUGUUGUGAGCACCAUAGAUGUCAUCAAUUGCAAGGACAUCAAGAUCCAGGCCAUGGGUGCUGUCCCAACCAUCUCCAUCAACAAGACUGAUGGUUGCCAUGUCUACCUGAGCAAUGACUCAAAGCAAUGUGAGAUAAUCAGUGCCAAGAGCUCCGAGAUGAACAUCCUCAUACCAAAGGAGGAUGGAGAGUUUAACGAGCUCCCCGUUCCCGAACAGUUCAAGACGCAGUGGGAUGGCACAAAACUUGUUACCACAGCAACAGAGAUGGCGGGAUAGAGCUACUCCGCUGCCACCCUUGCAAAUACUACCUGACUGGAUCACCCCCCCCACCAGCUAGCUCGCAUUGUAGACUGAGAUUUGGACUUUGUGUCAUCUCCUUCCCUAUAUCCUCACCAGCCAAUCACGGCUUAAAGCUGUUCCUUCCAUAAGCCAAUGAGAGGGCUGCUCGCUCUGUCUGGAGCACUCCUCCAGCCAAUCACAGGGAGGAGCUUGUCAAUUAAAUUAGUUACCUGUGGCCAGGAAGCACUUUUCAUAUGUGACUUUUGCCAAUAACUGGGAUGCUUUUCUUCUCUAAUAUUCCAGCUAUCCUGCUGAAUUUAACUUUGUGGCAAAUAUGAAAACAGCUGUUUAAUCAUGAGUUAUAUGAAUGUUGACUUCUCAGCACAAACAGUAGUGGAGCCAGUCAGGAUCUGCAGGAUGCUAAGGGUGUCCCCCUCUGGGUUUGUUGGGGCAUUUCAGUGGUAAAGGAUUUGUACAAGAAAGCAAUUCGAACAUGUAUCUUAUAAAAUCUGCUAGUUGUGACUGUAAUAACGUAGUACUUGCAGUCGUUAACAGAUGGCAUUAAAGAUAUUCCACUUUUCCCUAAAAAUCUAAACGUGGGACCUUUCUGUGUCUUAAACGCAUUCCAUAACAGGACGAGCUAUGUCGAAAAGCUGCAUUAAAAUUUUUGAAUUGUGACUCCUGUUAACAGAAGCAGAAUUAUGGUACAGAAAUGAUGUUUCAGGAAAUAAUCACUGAAUGCUUCAGUCAAGUAUCUGCUGUAAAAACUGAAUAUCCUUAAUUACACCCACUGUCAGUUGAUGGACUUACUCUUCAACACAUCUUGAUUUGUUUCACUUUAUCAGCUCUUGAAGCUAUGAGUUUUGUCUUUGGGUCCAAAAGUCAUUAAAAAUAUUGCAA